UUACGUACUCGUAGCUGUGUUCUAGUCGAAUAUACAAGCAUGAAAUGUAGCAAGCGUCGUGUAACAGAAGUACGACUUGAAAUGAGUUGAAUAUAAACCAUAAUUUUCACCACCCCUUACUCGUUAACUUCCUUAUUUUGUUUCGCAUUUAUGACGACUAUUGUACAAAAAUUUACGUAAAAUAUAUGAUGAUCAUUCUCACACGAAUGUGACAUGUUCACAAAGUAUACAAUUCUGAAUUUUCAUCAGUUGACUAACGUUUCAAAGUAGUUAUAACAUAUAUGUAAUAUUUUGAUGUUUGUAUUCUAUUAGUUAUAUUUUGAAGAAUUUAUGAAUACGCAAAGAAUUUUGAACAAAUGGCACAUAUAUUUCGCGCUUAUAAAUUCAAAAUACCUGUGAUAAUUCGUAAUUAUGGAAAUUACAGUUCUUCUCGAAGACCUAAAUAUAGUCAUUAUGAAAUAUUACGUGUCUCUCCGAAUGCAACGCAAAAAGAAAUAAAGGAUGCUUAUAUUAAAUUAUCGAAAGAAAUGCACCCUGAUGCUGGCAAUAAAGGAAGUCAUGACGAUUUUGUAAAGGUUAACGAAGCUUAUACAACUUUGAGUAAAAAGGACAAAAGACAGGAAUAUGAUAAGAGCUUACAUUACAAUGAUAUAGUUUACGACGAAAACCCUUUUCGUCGAAACAAUUAUCAAAAUCAUUCUUAUCAAAACUAUUCUUAUAAAAACUAUUCUUAUCAAAACAGAACUUACGAAUUUAGAAGAGCUAAUGUGCAAUGGGAACGAAGAAAAGCAACUAGUCGACGUCAGAGCGAAGAACAAUCUAAACGAAUGAUGAGAAAAGUCUUUACAAUUAUUGUAUUCAUCAUGUUCAUCGAAGGAUUUUUGAGUUUCGUGAUAUCAAAACACGACUCACCGUAUAACAGACGCUCUGUGACAGAAAGGGACAUAAAGGAUGAGCUUGAGUAUAUCAAGCUUAAGGAAGAAACGAAAGAUAAAACAUUGACAGAACAAAUGGAUCAUCUUCGCGAGCUACAAGAAAAAUAUAACUUAGAUCCUUACGCUAAAUAAUGUGUAAUAAUAUAUUAGUAAAUUAAUAGUUAUUUUAAAUGAAUUUCGUUUGUAACAUACAUUGAUUUUAAAGUGUUCAGAUCUCAAAACAUAUAUUAUGAGGUUUGCAUCUUGUAUAGCUUGUUUUGAUCGUUAAAUAUACUGUAUAUAAUUGUACAAUUUGAAAAUGUCUUUUUAAAUGUGUGAUAAAAUAAAUUACUUUUAUAAAUUGCGCCCAUUAUUAAUUAAUAAUUUAUUAUAGUUGGACAUAUAACAAAUUUAAGAAAAGAUUGAUUUGUGUUCCCGGAAUGUAAGUAUUAGAGUGUAAUUUAUUUUCAAUGGGAGAAAACAAAUUUGUGGUAGAGCUUAUCGGAGAAAAGUAUAUUGCUUUGUGUUAUAUAAACAUUGUAAUUUUUAAACAUUAUCAGGAAUUAUAAUGUGCCUAUACUAAUUUAUAAAAACAUAAAUUACUAUAUCUAAAAUAUGGACUACACAGACGUUCAUUUAUAAUUACAUUUGACAAAUCAUGAAAAUAUUAGGAAUUAUAUGAAUUUCAAUCAAAUUUUUUCCUUACAUGUAAGUCUAUUACGAUAGAAAAAGAAAAAAAAUUGUAGCAAUGUGAUAUCCGGUUUUUAAAGUUCGUUUCGUUAAAUGUACACAUUUAUGCACGCAACAAUAAAAUAAUUACCGCGAUAGUACGUUAAUUCGUAUAAAAGUAAUAAAUAAAUUAAAUCUUUAA